UGCUUUAAAACCAACAUGGCCACCCAGACAGAAGAUGAAGGACACCACUCCAGAAGUCGUCCAUGUGCCUCCUCCCCAUCCCCUGAGUCCUCUCUGACAUGGUGCCUGGUCCAGCUGAACAAAUUCAGCCCAAUAGAGGACGUCCUGCCCGGAUCCGAGUCCAAAACCUCCAGAGAUGCGGAUAAGCGUCUCCGGGCAGGCCAGUGGAGGGCUCUGGUGGCCAUUCGAACUCACCACAUUAAAGGAGGAAGCGUUCGGAUCGGGCGGUACCAGGCGCAGGGCGGUUUGCCCCCCCUACUGGCCGUCCUGCGCAGACCCGAGAGCUCCAGGAAGAUUCUGGACCUGACCCUCAGCAUACUGGCCAACUGUUGCACGGAGAAGGAUGCUCGGGCCGAGGUGCGGAAGCUGGGUGGAGUUUCGCUCAUAGUGGAGGUCCUGAAGAGGCACGCGUCAGUGGAGACUGUGGAGAACCGAGCUGCUCGUGCAUUGGGGAACCUGGCCAUGGACCCCGAGGGCUCGGCACAGAUUCACUCAGCAGGUGGUGUCCCUCCUCUCCUCCUCUGCCUGUCCUUGUCCAGCUCUCCAACAUCUCCACCCUCUCCCUCCAUCGUUUCUCCUCCUACUCCUCCAGCGGUGUCGUCCUCCACACUGGAGCGCGCUCAGUCCGCUGCCCGUGCUCUCUUUUACCUCUCAGACACGCCCUCCAACCGUCUCUCUCUGCUCUCGCAGGGUGCCCUGCCCGCCCUGGGGCUCUUUCUCGCAUCGGAGUACCCCCCAGUCCUGAGGAGGGCAUGUCUCCGUGCUCUGAAUGAAUUGACGCGGGGUUGUGGUGCCGAGUGCGCCCGGGAGGUGUCCGUCUCCGGGGUUCUGUCUCAUCUCGGCUCUCUGGCGUCAGGAGACGGCGGCGGUGCUCUGGAGGAGCUGGCAAUAAAGACUCUGGCUAAUCUGUGCUCUCAGGGCUGCUUGCGCCCCCUGGUGGGCUCAUUGGGUAUCAUUCAAAAGUUUACAGAGGAGGCGAAAAAGGAUCUGCUAAAAUCUAGCGUGGUGUUCAAGGCUCUGUGCCUAUGCUGCAAAGAGGCGGUGAACCGCGUGAAGGUGAAGGAGAGCGGAGGACUCGAGGUUCUGAUUGGGUUCCUGUCGGCCUACCAGAGCCAUCCUCUGACUCGAUUAGCCAUCUUGGCAUGUGUGGACUUUGUGUAUGAUGAGGCGGCUCUGGAGCAGCUGCAGGAGCUCGGCCUGGUCCCGAUCCUGGUCACGCGCCUCAUCGACCUUACCCGAGGAGACGACAUGAAGAUGGACGCUGCAAGAUCUCAGUGCUCCGAGCUUGCCUCCUGUUUCGAGUCGUUUGACUUUCCUUCUCUUGAGGGGAGCAGAAAGGAUGAGUCGGGGAAGGAGCAGGCUUCCCCCAGUUUCCUGAGCCUCAGGUCCUGGUUGCUUUCUGAAGGUUUCAUUUCUUCUGAGGUGGAGCUGAUGAAGUCGCCCUUUAGUUCAGACAGAGAUUCAAGUUCUCAUACCACCUGCUCUCCGCCCUCUGCUUACUCCUCGUUACUCCUCCCUUCUUAUUCCUUACCUUCUCCCCUCACUUCCGGUGAUGUUUCUCCAUCGCAAACCCAGCCGAAACCCGUCUCCUCUCCGUCUGCCUGUUCUAAACCCUGCCGUCUGUCUGUCUGUUCAUCUCCUCUGUCAGCGAGCAGCACCUCCUCCACCACGCAGCUCAAACCUCCGCCUCCACCUUCCGCUUCCACAUGUAAAGUCUCGUCCCCUCCGAGGAAGCGAGCUCGCACAUCUUCUCUGUCCACUUGUUUAAGCAUUGUCUCCUUGGACACCCCUCCAACCAUCCCAAAGACGCCCGGGUACCAGCACCCGUACCACCCUGAGCCGUGGGCGCCGGAGUCCCCCAUCCUGCUGCUCCUCUCUCGGUUCUCCCACGCCACGGACCCGAGUGGCACGCUCGUCACCGUGCCCGUCUUCUCUGCUCUGCUCUACUACCUGACGCAGCACCACGAGCCGAGCGGACGCUGCUGCCGCAUGCUGGUCAGGAUUAGCUGCAACCUCAACUGCCUGCAGCCGCUGGUCCGCACCGGCGCCAUCGCUCUCAUCAGACGCCGCCUCUGUCUCUGUGACCAGGACCGAUCAGCAGAGAGACAGUCAGACAGAGUCAAGGCUAAGAUCAGACAACUAGGUCAGGGGCUGCUGAACAACCUGCGCGUCCAGAGCGAGACAGGAUUUGGGUCUGGAGUUCUCACCCACAUUGUCCUGUCCGGUUCAGAGAGUGAUAAAAUCUUCUGCGUCCUCUCUCUGCCUUUGAUAACCGGUAACAGAAUCCUUCUGAAGAAGCUGCUUUUGGACAACGGAGGUCUGAGUUCAGCUCUCAAACCUCUUCUGUGUCUGGAUGGUGCAGAAGACGACAGCGCUGACAAAUGUAGGACAUUGCUCUCCACUUGGAUCUGUCCGCCCGAACAGGGUUGUGCCUCCGGGUAUCACUUGUUGUACGCAUCUCUUCUGAUCGGCUGCUUGUCCUGUCUUGUGGUGGGGUCAAAGAUCGAGACGGACAGGCCUUUGGAAAGUCCUCAACAGGAUCUGGAUUCGGUUUCCAGUCCCUGUCUGUAUCAAACAUCCAAUCAUGAUGUAAGCUUUCUAUUGGAUGAUGGGAGUCUCCUCCCAGCCAACGGGGGCAUGGUUUCCGGAGAGGUUGGCAUGGCCGAUGCUGAGUCUGAAUAUUUUCGCGCGUUACUGAGAGGCCAGUUUGAUGAAGCCCAGCGGGCGGGAGGCGGAGACGCGGUACAUAUUCGAGACGUGACCCCGGGAAUGGUGUUACCUGUGCUUCAUUACCUUCAUGGCUGCAGGAUGACUGGGGAUAGAGAUGGAGGUAGACAUUGCCCUGUCUUGACCUCGUUGCUCUCCAAAGGUCUGAAAGGACACCCUGUGUUUGAGAAGACACCUCUAGCUGAAGUCAUGAUAGGAGCCAGUCGGUUUUUGGUUCCUGGGUUACAGAGAACAGCCGAGGACCUGUGCGUGUCUCAGAUGUGCUCUCUGGCGUCCAAGGCUGGCAGUCAAUCGCCGUCAAAGGCCACGGAUGAGGCCAGCGAGGACGGUACUCUGUCCUUCGUCCUUCCUCAGGCCUACUGGUUCUCCCAGCGCUAUUCCUACUCCCGGCUCGGAUUGUCCUGCUUGUCCAUCCUGCUGCGUCCUCAGCUGCCUCCGUCCAUCUCCUCCGACUGUCUCCUCCGUCUAGUUCGGCAGGCAGACAGCACGGAGAGCCUACGUCAGGACCUGCUGAGUCUCGCCAGUGCCGCUCUGAGCUAACGUCCCUGCCGUUUUCACUUGGACUCCGAUCAGUAUGGAGUGACAAUCUGACCAGCAUUUCGUGUUUGUGUCUUAUAAACACGCCCGAUCUUUUCUCUGACUUUAUACCACACACCAUCAGUCACCGCUUUAUUACUGUCCUCCUCGAAUCAGUUCAGUUUUGCACAAAUAACGAAUGUCCUGUGAUUGGCUCCUGAUUGUCAUGUGACUGAAUUGAACACACUAAAUUGAUUUGAAUUACAGCUGAUUUUCUGUGUAGGAGCCUCAAAUGACGUAUCGCUCAAAAGUACACCUUCUGUUUUUCUUUGGCAAUAAAAUCUUCCGAUUAUAGAGCUUAGGGAUGUGGAUCGGAUGUCAUAUUAACACGGAUUUUUCCUUUUACAUUGGGAGCGCUGAAUGAUGACACGCCAUCGUGGUAAAUGCAGGACUCGAGUUCGGUGAAUCGUUAAUGCCGUGUGACUGAGAAAAGUUCUGUAAAAGGUAGGGGCGUGUCUGAGUGGGCGUGGCUAUUGCUUCAUUUCAAAGGUGUGAUAAAUUGAAGGUGAUAUAAGAUGAUAUAAAACGUGCACACUCACAGCUCGGGUCUGGUUCUGGUAGAAAGUUUGUUCCUUUUGAAGCGCUGCUGUUUUUUUUCUGAACUGCGUAACUUAGUAGUGUAAAAUUGCUUGUUUAUUGCCUUUAGUGUAAAUAAAACUCAAAAAGAUGGGAAAAAUAUAGAUUUAUUUCGGGAACAGUGCUGAGAUCAUAUAGGAGCAAAAUAAAUAAAAGUAUAUUCUAUAUAUUGUAUUAUUUGUGUAUAUUUUGCGUAUUACGUUCAUGAAGUGGCCUAAUAUUUUUGCUCAAUUUCUUUUAUGGCCUUUUUUUUUUUUUUGCGUUUGUAAAUUGUGCCAUUCCCGGUUUAUUGUUUGUAUGCUGAUUAUUUUUCCCUGUAAAACCGCAUUGUAAAUAAUAUACACACCUCACGGAAGAGCGAGUUUAUUUCCUUACUCACGUCUUUGUAAGAUAGAAUUCUAUACGCAGGAGAAGCUACGGCGAGUCACUGCGUCAGGGAUAAAGUUUACGUUCUAUUUUUCAUUCCUUUGCAUUUUGUACACACACACACACACACACACACACACACACACACACACACACACACACACACACACACACACACACACACAGAGUGUAUUAAGUGUCAUGAACUGUGGUGUUGGUGAGAUGUACAGCUAGGAGAUAUCGGAGUGUUUUUGAAAGAUGAAAAAUAAACACGCCUCUCCACGUGGA